GGUUACUAUGGUUUAGCGUGAGGUCAACAGUGUGUCCUGCGCGCUCAGUAAUCGGAUCAGACACGCGUUGCGCUGUUUCCGGCUGUCCACUAAACUUCACACGCACGGUCUUUAUACUUUCUCUAAUGUGAGACACCGAUUUUUUUUAUUAAAAUAUCUCCUUUAUAUCAAUGGUAUAAACCGGUGCAUUAAGCUAAUCUCGGUUUCUCAAUGGAAUAAGGACAUUUGAACAUCAUCGGUGAGAGCAGCUGAGAGCUCGAAUGCCUCACUAUGCCGGACACAAGACUUAUAAAGCCGAAACCUGUUGCAACGAAACCUAAGCAUGUGAACAAGAAAGCCAGUACAGCUGAAACCACACCUGCAGUCAGAACCAGAGAUCUUGGUCACCGCAAAAACAGGGCAUCAAGUUGCCCAAGAUGCACCCGUGACACCGAAUACAAACCGAAAGCAACGGAGAGAAGCAAUAAAGCAAUAGAGGCGAAACCGGCCGAGACUUCAGCGAGGUCAAAACCUGCGAAAUAUGCACCGAAGGAACAACCAAUGCCAAAAACAUAUUCGCAUGCGCUUUCUGAAAUCCACAGUCAAAAGGCAUUUACAGUAUUUGCACCAAACCCAAAGAAAAGACAAGACAUUCAGCAAAAAGCAGAAGCUGAACUGGCAGCUCUGGAGGAUCUGCGCUUGAGUCGGGCCAUGGGUUACAUUUCCAUAUCUCCUAGUACUGUGGGUGGGUGCUUAACUCUGGAGGAGGUCAGGGCAAAACAACAACAAGAAAUGCAAAUCAAGAAAAGACAAAAGCAGGUUAAAAAUGUGUUUUAGAAACUUCUUAAGUUGUGGAAAAUAAUGGUUAGAAUACUGCCGACAACAGAUGAACAUUAUAUUUAUAUAGUUUGCUUUGUAAUUUUAAAAGUGCAGCUAAUCUCCAUCGACUUCCUGAUGUGACCUUAUGUUCUAAAUCUAUAUUCAUUAAGUUUUUGUGAAAUGUAUGACUUUUAGGUUUGUUCUGGUCUGGGUUAUGUGUGAGAUGUGAUUUAAAUUCAAAUUCUCCCCAUUAGACAGUAGACUGACAAAUAGGUUGUAUAUUGAAAUCAAAGAAUCAUUUUCCGAAUAUAAUUACAGUGUGUUUGUUAUAUUCAGUGCAUGCAAAUGUUUUGAAAACAGUGUAAACUUAUUUUUCUUUCUUUUAAAAUGUUAAGUGACAAUAAUACAUUAUGUUAUUACAAUUGCAAAGCAUGUGUAGUAAUUCAUCUUAUUUUAGUCUAUUAUUUCAUGCAUAAGUCCUCCUGCUGAUCUGUUUUUCCUCUGUUUCUUAGCAACAAGGAUUUUUCUCUCUUUGUUUUGUCCUAUGUGUACAUUCUGGUAGCUGUCUGCUUUGAAGGUUCCAAAAAUAUGAACCAGGGUCCUGUUGCCAGGCAAGAGGAGAGUGAAAACAUAAUGAAAGGUAGAUGAUAGGUGAGGGCAAUUAAAUUAAUAAAAUAAAUUAUUAAAUCAGACAUUAUGGAGCUCCACUUUUCCUUGGGAAAUUAAAGGAAUAGUUCACUCAGAAAUGAAAAGAAUAAUAAUAAUAAAAAUGUAAAAAAUGCUGAAAAUGUACAUCCAAGAUUACAUUACAUUACUUGCUCAUCAAUGUAUCAGUGAAUGGGUGCUGUCAAAAUGAGAGUCCAAACAGCAUUACAAUAAUCCACAAAUAAUCCACAAGCAAAAAAAAAAAAAAUCUUUUGACUGAAAAUUUUUCCUCAGCCAAAUCCCAUUCCACAGCCAUACCUGUCACAUUCCUUCUGAUCAAUGAUCAAAAAUUCUGAUAUGAGGUGACAUUUUACUCACAAUUUAACUUACAGGGGCAGGCUACUUUCUUUUUACCUUUGUAAUGGCAUAAUUAAAAAAAAUAUCUUUAUAAGCUUUUUAAAAUUAAUCUAUUUUAAACAAUAGCCUGAUAAGAAGUAGAGUAAGACAAAUAAGUUACCAAUCAUAUGAAAUUAGUAUAAAAAAAAAACAAAAACUAAUUUUUACUAGUGAGGGUGCACAGAAAACCACAAAAAGUGGCUUAUAUGAAGGCUACAUUUUCAGACGUUUAAUGAGGCUCAGAUGUGGCAUGAGUCCAAUUAAAUUCAUACAUUUAUGUGGAGAUUAAUGUUUUACAUAUAAAAUUUUGAAUACAGAAAUAUUAAAUGAUUUAAAUAACUGAAAUUAUACGCUAAAAUUUAAACUUAAUCCGCCUGCAGGCAGCCGGCAACUCACUGAUUUUAUCACUGAAUCAUUAAUUCAACUGAUUCGUUCGAACAGCUGAUUCAUUCAGGAAUGAAGCAAGUGACUUAUUUUGUGAAUGGGUAAUCAUGAAUCACUGACUCACUAGAUUCGUUCAAAAUCCUACUUUCAUUUAAUUAAUGAAACUCGUGUUUGCUUUUAGAGAUGCGAAGGCUGAGCUGUUACUAAGUAAUAGAGCAAAAUCAGAACAUGUUUAUUGAACUGUUGUAUUAAAUCGAUAUCACAUUUGGAAAACUCCCUUAAUAACUAUUAAAAGCUGUCACUGUCACUUUCCUUAUCACGAUCUGUGGGAGCAUAGAAACUGAGAGCACAUGAGUGAGUUCUCAAGACUCUGACUGUGGAUGAUGCGAGCAUCACUAUGUUGUCACUGAAGCUGAAACCGUGGUGGGGAUGAUUUUUGGUGCUCCAGCAGAACAACAACGACAACAAUGCGCUACAUGUUUAUUUUUCCCUAUUUUUUUUUUUUUUCAGUUGACGGAAAUCCGUGGUAGAUUCACUGUAAUUAACGGAAAUCCGUCGUAGCGACGGAGAACUAUAAUCCCUGCACAUGACUCAAAUCCUUCAGUUAAUGUCUUGUGAAGUGAAAAGCAGUAUGUUUGUAAUAAACAAAUGAAUCAUUUAGGUGUUUCAAUCUCAUCGCUUCUGGGCAAAAUACCACUCCACAACCCAUAAUUACACCUCCUCCAAAUGAAAGAGGAUUCAUUGUUGAGCAAGUGAUGUAAUGCUGAAUUUCUCCAAAUCUGUUCCAAUGAAGAAACAAACUCAUCUACAUCUCGAAUGGCUUGAGGGUGAGAACAUUUUUGGGUGAACUAUUCCUUUAAUCUAGUACUAGGUCUCAGUCCCUUCUUCAGUCAUCAGUUGCCGCAGUUUUUCACCUACUCUCACUCUAAAGAUACAGUGUGUCAGUGAUGUUGAUUUUAGGUCACAUUUAAUAACUUGAGUUUGCACUGCACAUAAUACAUAAACCUUGACUGUAUGGCUUUAAGUUUCAAAUAGAUAUUAAAAAUAUUUCUCUUGGGUCUCUU